AGCGCCCCCCGCGGCGGCGCGGCUGCAUCAGCGCUGACGUGAGGGCGACGCGCGGCUCUGCCCGGCCCAAUCCCCCUCCACCCCCACCCCCCUGUGACGGGGGCAGCGCGCACAGGGCGCCGGAUGACCAUGGAAAUGGUUGAAUCGCAACAGGAUGAAAAUACAGUGGAUUCUCUGCCAGACAGAGAUGCUGUUCAUGAUCAGAGUCAGCCAGGCGAAAGUCAUAUUUCCUCAGUACCUCAGGUUUCUGUAGCUGCAUCAAGUGCUGGAAGAGGAUCUCCAGCAGUAACUCUAGUGCAGUUGCCUUCUGGUCAAACUGUUCAUGUCCAGGGUGUCAUUCAAGCCACACAGCCCUCAGUCAUUCAGUCACCACAAAUGCAAGCUGUUCAGGUAGCAUCGAUUGCAGAUGAGUCUGCAGAAUCAGAAGAGAUAAUUGAUUCUCAAAAACGUAGGGAAAUACUUUCAAGAAGGCCUUCAUACCGAAAAAUUUUGAAUGAACUCUCUUCAGAUACUCCUGCAGUCCCGAAGAUUGAAGAAGAAAAGUCAGAAGAAGAAGGAGUGCCUUCUGGAAUUUCUCCAAUGUCCAUGCCAACCAGCCUGUAUCAGACUAGCUCAGGGCAAUACAUUGCUAUAACUCAAGGUGGUACAAUCCAGAUUUCUAAUCCACCCUCUGAUGGAGUCCAGGGACUGCAGGCCUUAACGAUGACAAAUUCAGGAGCUCCUCAGCCUGGUGCUACCAUUGUGCAAUAUGCGGCACACUCGCCUGAUGGCGCACAACAGUUUUUUGUUCCUGGAAACCAGGUUGUUGUUCAAGCUGCCACUGGAGACAUGCCAGCUUACCAGCUUCGAACUCCCACUACUACCUUACCUCAGGGAGUGGUAAUGGCAGCCUCGCCUGGGACUCUGCAUAGUCCUCAGCAGCUGGCAGAAGAGGCAACGCGCAAGAGAGAGCUGCGACUUAUGAAAAAUAGGGAAGCUGCCAGAGAAUGUCGCAGAAAGAAGAAAGAAUAUGUCAAAUGUCUUGAAAAUCGUGUGGCUGUGCUUGAAAACCAAAACAAGACUCUCAUUGAGGAACUCAAGGCCCUCAAAGAUCUUUAUUGUCAUAAAGCAGAAUAACUGUCUUUCAUUUGGACCUUGUUUAUUAUGAACUUUAAUCAAGGCAUGAGAGGAAGCAAUUCUACAGAUUGCCAUAUGAACUUGAGAAAGAGACACUUGAGGCCCUUGUGGAACCCAGUUUUGCUUAGUGUUUUCAGACUGAUUUGGGAGAUAUUCCAAAAUUUGGAAUUCAGUCGUAGUCUCCCUACUCUGCUGAGCUUUCUAAUAGCAUGCAAAUGGCUUUUUUGUUUGCACUUUUUACUUCUGCUUUUUGCAGGGAAGCUGCUAAAGAAUGUCGACGUCGGAAGAAAGAAUACAUAAAAUGUCUGGAGAGUCGUGUUGCAGUGCUAGAAGUUCAGAACAAGAAACUUAUAGAGGAGCUUGAAACCCUUAAAGACAUUUGCUCUUCCAAAACAGAUUAGUAGAAAUAUUUAUUAUACUGUGAACUGACUAAAAUAUUUCCAGUUGCUUUAUAAGGCAAUACAUAGCCAACAUGAAUUAUGGUUUUCUCUUUGUGUCAUUUAUAUUAUAUUCCAACUUCUAACAUUCCCAAAAUGCUUUCCUGCUUUUUGUCAAUUCAUAGCUCCAAUUUCAGGUUUUCCACGCUCCUCCUUUCCACCUCGCAAGGAGCCAAAUGCUGUAAAAAAAAAAAAAAUAACAAAGUGAAAAAGUGCAUAAUUUCUAAGAGCUGUUUCUUUGCCAUAUAUUUACAUACUACUUUUUACGUGUUACUGCUAGUGGCCUGCACAUACAAAAUAUUUUACAGUUGUUUUAAAUGAAUCACAAAGGUAAUGCAUCCAGUAAUACAAGAAAAUCAAACAACCCAAGGUAUCUCAGGAAAGAGUUUAUAAAAGAAUGUUAUGAUUACAUGUAUGUACUAGCAUACUAGUCUACAAAUGAUUUUAUGGCAUAUUUUUAUAUUAGUUGCUUUGUGGGGGAAAAAAAGUGUUGUAUUGCUGUCACUGAGUGCCAUGGUUAAAGAUAGUUUUUAAUAGAACCAUGUUGUUU